GGGGAGAAUGGGCACAGCGCUGGUGGUGGAGGAUAGGGAGUGGCCUGGCACUCCAUCUCUAAAAGGUUCACCAUCACUGCACAAGGGUAUCCAUGCACAUACACAUAGACAUAUAUGUACUCACACCCACCCAGCAAUAGGUUCUCACCCAAGUGUUUGCACACAGAGCCUAGGAAGGACCCACACUCCCACAAAACAUGUUCACACCCAGAGUAGCCUUUUCCCUCUGCUCUGGUGGAGAGGCAAGAGCCUGUUGUCAGCUCCUAGCUCCCCAGGUACAGGUUUUGCCCUUUAGAUUGGUUACUCCCUCCUUUACUUUCCUUCUCUUUUGAAUGAGAGGGUUGGUCUGAGCAGCCUCUAUGGACAGUGGCCAGUGGUUUUCUCUUGCCUGUGUGUCUUUGGGAGGUUCUCUCCUUGGUUCUCCCCUCUACCAUUCACAUUCUUUACCUUCCCAGGGAUCUUAACAGGGAACUUCAGGAAUAUGUGGACAUUAGGAAAGAGACCUCGGCCUAGCAUUGGAUCACAACUGAAACUAUGAUAGAGGUCUUCACUAGGAGAGGCUUCACAAACAGAAUACCACAGUUUCAAGAUUGCUGUAAAAUGCGGCUUUUUCAGUAGAAGUGCUUAAUACGAAUGGACAUUGCAUGUGACAGAGGCAGGGAUGGUCGGUUAUGACCCCAACUCAGAAAAUAGGAACAAUUCCAAGGUGGAAGUGGCAGUGGCUGGGUCUGCAUCUGGGUUUGUUACCCGGGCCUUGAUCAGCCCCUUGGAUGUCAUCAAAAUUCGUUUCCAGCUUCAGGUUGAGCACCUAUCAUCCAGAGAUCCACAUGCAAAAUACCAUGGGAUAUUACAUGCAGCGAGGCAGAUCCUGAAGGAGGAAGGCUUGACAGCAUUCUGGAAGGGGCAUAUUCCAGCCCAAAUUCUCUCCAUGGGUUAUGGAGCUGUCCAGUUUGUGACCUUUGAACGUCUGACUGAACUGGUCCACAGAACUAAACCGUAUGGCAUAAGUGACUUCUCAGUGCAUUUUGUGUGUGGCGGCCUGUCUGCCUGUGCCGCCACUCUCUCAUUGCAGCCUGUUGACGUUCUCCGGACUCGCUUUGCUGCUCAGGGUGAGCCCAAGAUCUACAGAAACCUCCGUCAUGGUAUGAAGAUGAUGUACAAGACUGAAGGCCUGUUGGCUUUCUACAAAGGCUUGCCACCAACUAUUAUUGCCAUUUUUCCCUACGCGGGCUUCCAGUUCUCCUUUUACAAGAUGCUGAAGCAGGCCUAUGAAUGGGCUAUGCCAGGGGACAGAAAGAAAAAUGCAAACAUCAAAAACCUGCUGUGUGGCAGUGGAGCUGGGGUCAUCAGCAAGACUCUUACAUAUCCUUUGGACCUCUUUAAGAAGAGGUUACAAGUGGGUGGGUUUGAAGAGGCCCGGGCAACCUUCGGACAGGUGCGAAAAUAUGAGAGCUUCCUGGACUGUGCCAGGAAGAUUCUCCAAGAAGAGGGUGCACAGGGCUUCUUUAAAGGCCUCACUCCCAGCUUGCUGAAGGCUGCUAUGUCAACUGGCUUAAUUUUCUUCUUGUAUGAAAUGUUCUGUAACCUCUUCAACUGUAAGAAGACCUCAGACAACCAGAAGACAGGUCCUGGAGGAUGGGAAACUUUACUUUCCUGAAAAUCUUUUCCUCCCCCCUGGAUGCUGUUAUGUGAGUGAGCAGAAGCUGCUAUAGAAAGCCUUCACAUCAGGGGCCCUGGCCUGGCUACCAAGGCUUUGGCUCUUUGGAGCUGCUGGGAAGGCAGCUCCCUGAAUGUAUUUUAUAUACUUCCAAAGUCAACACAUCUGUGCUCAACCAGUAAAAUUCUAUUCUCACCA